AUGGUAAGGAAGGCAGGGGAGCUGCCUGCACAUGGAAGGUACCAAGGGGAGAGAAGGUUUCCUCUGCUUCAGAACUAUUGAAAGGGUAGAAGAUCAAGGCAGUUUGACAAUACAGGAUUGAUGUGGUGUAGAUGUCAGGGUGUAGAUCAGGGUUAGGGAACCGCCAAAUCCUCCUGGGCUUUUAAGUCCAUCCCUGACCAUUGGCCCUGGGGGCUGGGACUGGUGGGUGUUAGAAGUCUAAGAACAUCAGGAACGCCACAGGGUUCCCUUCCCUGAUCUACACCCUGACAUUUUAUCCACCAUCACAUCAGUUCUGUGGUGGCAAGGUUGAUGCUGCAGCAGCCAGAUGUUCCAGGCCAGCAGCUGAAGGACUUGAGUGCAUUUGUAUCCCACCCUUUUCUCCAAGGUGCCAAGGAGAAGCCCACAAGCAGGAAUAGCACUCCUGACUCAUGUUUCCCAGAAACUAGUACAGUGGUACCUCGGGUUAAGAACUUAAAUCGUUCCGGAGGUCUGUUCGGAUUAGCCUUCGAACUGCUAGGUGGGCAGGAGCUGGGACCGAAAGACGGGAGCUCACCCCGCCGGGGGGAUUCGAACCGCCAACCAUACGAUCAGCAAGUCCUAGGCACUGAGGUUUAACCCACAGCGCCGCCCGCGUCCCGAUAAAUAUGGUACCUCUUUCCAAAUGCUUCUGGAAAAUUUCUCUGCUAGUAAAUGCAAAUUGGCUUUAAAAAUGCACCACACAUAGUAUUUAUACAGUGGUACCUCGGGUUAAGUACUUAAUUCGUUCCAGAGGUCCAUUCUUAACCUGAAACUGUUCUUAACCUGAAGCACCACUUUAGCUAAUGGGGCCUCCUGCUGCCGCCGUGCCACCGCUGCGCGAUUUCUGUUCUCAUCCUGAAGCAAAGUUCUUAACCUGAGGUACUAUUUCUGGGUUAGCGGAGUCAUCUGUAACCUGAAGCGUCUGUAACCUGAAGCAUCUGUAACCCGAGGGAGCACUGUAUAAGACCUCUGACAUUGGGGAUAGAAAAUAGCCAGCAUGUCUAGGAGCCACUGAUAGCUUUAUCCUACCUAAAUUUAUCUAACAUUUUUAAGGCGUCAUAGUUGGUAGCUAUCACAACAUCUAGUGAGUUCCAUAGUUUAACCAUGUUCUUUUUUCCAUUAAUUGAAUUCUUUAUUAAACAUAUUUUACAAAAUUAUACAGCAAGAUAUUACAAUUUGUAUCCCAUCCCAUACCGCAGAAAAAUUAAAAAUACAUUUUUUAAAAAAGACCUAAAAUAGACUUCCGAUUGUUCUAAAAAACAAAAACUAAAUUACACUUGUUCUCUUUUACAGUAUCCUAUUAAUAUAUUAUUUUCUUAAAUCUUUUUGAUAACAAAAAAAGGAAAAAUAAAUAAAUAAAAACAUUAAGUUUACAUAUAUGGUCUGUACAAUGCAAGACUCAUUCAAGAUCUGCCAGGAGGUUUUUGCUGUCACAGUAGUUUUUCAGGUACUCCUUGAAUAUAAUCCAUUCUUGGUUUACUUUUUGCAUCAUGUUCUACAAUGAUGAUAAAUGAGAGAGAGCUGUCAAAUAUUGGUUAGGCUUUCAAUCCCUCUCUGUUUUAUUCAGACAUUGCCAGUUGAUGUUGACUGAAGCUUUCCCCUUGAUUUUAUUUAUGCCAGCUGUCAGCAAUGCACACUGUAGCAAAAAAUGCCAACCACAUAACUCUAAUGGCAUCUGAACUGGUCCAGAAAAAGAUAUUGGGGUUCAAUAUUGUUUAUCUAGUGUGUGUGUGUGUGUGUGUGUGUGUGUGUGUGUGUAUAUAUUUGAAAACACCAAUAAAAAUUAUCUAAAAGUUAAAAGUGAUGGAUAGCUUUAUGUGCAGCAGCUGUGAAAAAGGUUAAUUCCAUGUUAGAGAUCAUAAGGAAAGCAAAUGAAAAUAAAACUGCCAAUAUAGCAACAAUAUUGCUAUACAAAUCAAUGGUACAACCACAUUUGGAAUACUGUGUACAGUUCUGAUCACCACCCCUCCAAAAGAAGAAUGUAGAAGGGAAAUGUUAGGAAAGGGCCACCAAAAUGAUCAAUGGGAUAGAGUAGAUCCCCUAUGAAGAAAGGCUACAGUGUUUGGAGCUUUUCAUUUAGAGAAAAGGUGACUAAGGGCGGAUUUACACACAGGAAUAAAAACGCUAUAAAGAAGUCAGAAAUUAAAUCGUUUUAUAACAAAAGAGGGGAAAAAAACCUAUGUAAAAAUCACAUAGAAAAUUUGUUUGUUCUCUGGCGCCAUCUGGUGUUGCAUGUUUAUAACACUUUCAAAGUGUUGUUUUUUGACUAAUGUAGUUGAGUCCUAAGUAGGGGAUAUAACAGAGGUAUAAAAAUUGCAUGGUAUGGAGAAAAUGCAUAGAAAGAUGGUUCCACCCACCCCCCACAUCUCAUAAAACCAGAACUUGGGUUAUCUACUGCAUUUUGAACCAGCUGAAGUUUCCAAAUCAUCUUCAAGGGCAGCCCUGUGUAAAGAACGUUGCAAUAACCCAAUCUGGAAAUUACAAAAGCACGCAAUACAGUGGCCAGGUCAUUUCUGUCCAAAAGGAACUAGAGCUGGAAAAGGGCACUCCAAGCCACGGAGGCCACUCCAGCGAUAGUAUUGAACCUAAAAGCACCCCAAGCUGAGGACCUGCUCCUUCCAGGGGAUUGCAAAGCUGUCCUGGACAGGCUGUCUCCCCACCUCCUUGACCUGAGAACUUGGAACACGCAGUACCUCUGUCUUUUCAGGAUUCAGCCUCUAUUUAUUAGCUCCCAUUGCUCGGUUCCAGCUCCUGCCAACUUAGCAGUUCGAAAGCACGUCAAAGUGCAAGUAGAUAAAUAGGUACCGCUCCGGCGGGAAGGUAAAUGGUGUUUCCAUGCGCUGCUCUGGUUCGCCAUAAGCGGCUUAGUCAUGCUGGCCACAAGACCUGGAAGCUAUACGCUGGCUCCCUCGGCCAAUAAAGUGAGAUGAGCGCCGCAACCCCAGAGCCUGCCACGACUGGACCUAAUGGUCAGGGGUCCCUUUACCUUUACUUACUUACAGGGUGCAAAAAGGAAUGCACCUGUCCCAAAGAGACUGUGUCGUGUCUUCUGACUUCACCCUGUUCUCCAUUCUGCAGCGUGAGUGCAUCUCCAUUCACGUUGGCCAGGCUGGAGUUCAGAUCGGCAAUGCAUGCUGGGAACUCUUCUGCCUGGAGCAUGGAAUUCAGCCAGAUGGCACCUUCGCGGAAAAGAACCAUCCCAAUAAUGACGACUCCUUUGCUACGUUCUUCAGAGAGACUGGCAACGGGAAGCAUGUGCCGCGAGCUAUCAUGGUGGACUUGGAGCAAACUGUAGUCGGUGAGUUAAGGCUGUCUCAGGUCACAUGAAAUGCUUGUGAGAUCAUAUAGUGGCUCAGGGGGCCACAUUUCCUCAAUGGGCCUCAGGUUUCCAAAUCCCGGAAUAUGCCUUAGGUGGGAUAACCAUUAAUAGAUGAAUCUUCCGUUCCAUGUGUGUAGUCAAGCCCUACUGAAUUGUUCAGCUAUAAGACGUGGGUGGAGCUGUGGGUUAAACCACAGAGCCUAGGACUUGCCGAUCAGAAGGUUGGUGGUUCGAAUCCCCGCGACGGGGUGAGCUCCUGUUGCUCAGUCCCUGCUCCUGCCAACCUAGCAGUUUGAAAGCACCUCAAAGUGCAAGUAGAUAAAUAGGUACCGCUCCGGCGGGAAGGUAAACGGCGUUUCCGUGUGGUGCUCUGGUUUGCCAGAAGCGGCUUAGUCAUGCUGGCCACAUGACCCGGAAGCUGUACGCCAGCUCCCUCAGCCAGUAAAGCGAGAUGAGCACAGCAACCCCAGAGUCGGCCACGACUGGAACUAAUGGUCAGGGGUCCCUUUACGUUUACCUUUAAGAAAACAAAAGUUGUUUUCUAAUGGUAUGAACAAUCAAUCUAUUCAACUCUUUAAAGCCACAGCUUUCUAUGCAAUGCCCCAGCUAAUAGAUACUUCGGAACCUGUAGCCCAGCAGAUGUUGUUGGACCAUCUCAGCAUCUCUGACCAUUGACCAUGCUGGCUGGGGCUGAUGGGAGUUGGAGUGCAACAGGUUCCUCACCACUUAAUUGAAAUACCAGGCCAUGGUUUUCUAUCUAGAUUCAGAGUUCGGUUGCCUUGUAUUAAAAUUCAGCUCCUUUUGGAAGGCCUUACGCUUCCUUUCCCCUUUCACAGAUGAAGUGCGGGCUGGCACCUACCGUCAGCUUUUCCACCCGGAACAGCUGAUCACUGGCAAGGAAGAUGCAGCUAAUAACUACGCCCGUGGUCACUACACCAUCGGGAAGGACAGGAUUGAGCUAGCACUGGAUCGCAUCCGAAAACUGGUAAGGCACAACGGAACUGAAAGCAUGUUUUGGUAGGCUACAAUGUUAUAUUGAAUGGCACUUCAAAGAGACCAGAAAUGCAUUGGCUGGGUCCCUGGAGAACCUGAGGACCAAACAAAAGAAGUUCCCCCUUUGGUCCACCUGAGUCAAACUCCACCCAUCAGAUAUCUCUCUUAAUUAGGAGAGUGUCAUAGCUCUAAUUUACUUGUUCAUUCUAAUGAUUAUGUUUAUGUAAGUCAAUAUAUCAUCUUAUUUUACAAUAGAUAUUUACCAUAUGCCAAUCAGUAGAUUUAUUGAUUGAGAUCUAUGGGUAUAGGACGAUAUACAUAUUUAACAAAAAUUAAAAUAAAAUAGAUACACAGAGAGAGACAUGCACACAGAAACGCACUCAUGCAUAUGUAUGGACACAUACACCAUCCAUCCCUUUCUCCUAGCCACUUUCUGAUUGGUUGAGAAAGGAUGUGGAGAGGCCAGUUUGUACCACACUAAGCAGACACCUGGGUGUUUCUUUAAUUCAGAUGGAGAAACACUUGUUUUAUAGAAUGACUAGAUAAAAUGGAGGGCCCUUUAAUACAAGGAUGGGGAAGCAGUGUUGAAGAAUAGUAAGGUAGGACAUGGAUCCUAAUAUCACAUUUGCCAAUUGCAUGGAAAGAGAAAUAAAGUUUCCAUCCUCUCCUAAUGUUUUUGGUGCUGAAUCUCCACCCCUCUGUCUGCCUACUUAAACAGACUAAAAUACUUUUCACAAUGUACAGUCCUUCCUGGACUCUAACAUUUCAGAACUCAGGAGGGGUAUCUUAUUUACGCAGGCUCAUUGGUGUAAUAAAAAAGCUCUCUGCAUGUGUGAGGAAAGCACCUAAAUGAUGAUUCCCUUUACAGGCUGACACCUGUGCAGGGCUACAAGGAUUCCUGAUUUUCCACAGCUUCGGAGGAGGCACAGGUUCUGGCUUUACCUCCCUGCUGAUGGAGCGCCUGUCUGUGGACUAUGGCAAGAAGUCCAAACUGGAGUUUGCCAUCUACCCAGCCCCCCAGGUUUCCACUGCGGUGGUGGAGCCCUACAAUUCUAUCCUGACCACCCACACCACCUUGGAGCAUUCCGACUGCGCCUUCAUGGUGGACAACGAGGCCAUCUACGACAUCUGCCGCCGCAAUCUGGACAUUGAGCGCCCCACGUACACCAACCUGAACCGCCUCAUCAGCCAGAUUGUCUCCUCCAUCACCGCUUCCCUGCGUUUCGACGGCGCCCUCAACGUGGACUUGACUGAGUUCCAGACCAACCUGGUGCCUUACCCUCGCAUCCACUUCCCCUUGGUGACCUAUGCGCCCAUCAUCUCCUCCGAGAGGGCUUACCACGAGCAGCUCUCCGUGGCCGAAAUCACCAGCUCCUGCUUUGAACCCAACAACCAGAUGGUGAAAUGCGACCCCCGCCAUGGGAAGUACAUGGCCUGCUGCAUGCUCUACCGAGGUGAUGUGGUGCCCAAAGACGUCAACGUAGCCAUUGCUGCCAUCAAGACCAAGAGGACAAUCCAGUUUGUGGACUGGUGCCCAACUGGCUUCAAGGUGAGGAGAGAUUCAUAUUGGCAUGAAGUCUGGGUCCCAAUGCAAUCAUUAAGGUUUAUCAAGAGAGGAAUCUGUGGAAAAGAUUCAGAAAAUGGUUUUUUCUGAACAUCUGAAGCUUUUUACUUUAGAAAAAAAGCAGAUAAGGGGAGACAUGUAGUGUGGAGAAAGGGGACGCCAUAGGAAUUGCUGGUGAACAUACCUGUGGUUUGGUGAUUCCAGAAAAAGUCACACUCCAUCCCAUUCCCUAUUGAUAUUUCCCGUAUAAAAUAGAACUGCCUUGCAAACUAUUUCACCAUAGGUAAAGGUAAAGGGACCCCUGACCGUUCGGUCCAGUCGCGUAUGACUCUGGGGUUGUGGCGCUCAUCUCGCUUUACUGGCCGAGGGAGCCGGCAUACAGCUUCUGCGUCACGUGGCCAGCAUGACUAAGCCACUUCUGGCAAACCAGAGCAGUGCAUGGAAAUACUAUUUACAUUCCCGCCGGAGCGGUACCUAUUUAUCUACUUACACUGUGUGCUUUCGAAUUGCUAGGUUGGCAGGAGCUGGGACCGAGCAACGGGAGCUCACCCCGUUGUGGGGAUUUGAACCGCUGACCUUCUGAUCUGCAAGCCCUAGGCUCUGUGGUUUAACCCACAGCGCCACCUGUUCACCAUAGGGUUGCCAACAAAUAGAGGGACAUCACUCAGUUCCCAUAGAGAAUUAUGAUGGAAGAUAUCAGUCUUUACCAGAACUACAGGCAGUAUGUCACCUCAUUCUUAUUCUACCUCUAGGGUUCCAAUUUAGAGGUGGUUGCUUGAACUGAUACCAUUUAUGUGUGUGUCUAUAUGCUUGCUUUCUCCCCUUUCCUUCUAAUCCUACUAGGUUGGCAUUAAUUACCAGCCACCAACUGUAACCCCUGGAGGAGAUCUGGCCCAAGUCCAGCGCGCUGUCUGCAUGCUCAGCAACACCACUGCCAUUGCUGAAGCCUGGGCAAGGCUAAAUCACAAGUUCGACCUGAUGUUUGCCAAGAGAGCGUUUGUGCACUGGUAUGUUGGUGAAGGCAUGGAAGAAGGGGAAUUUGUCGAAGCUCGAGAGGACCUGUCCGCCCUGGAGAAGGACUAUGAGGAAGUGGCAACUGACUCGUUUGAGUCGGUACUCGACAGCGAGGAAAUCUAA